GUCUAAUUUGGCGACUCUGAGAGUAUUUCGUGUCCCGCUGUUGGUAACGCUGCUGAGUCGGCACUUUACACUUUACAAAUCCAUUGUUUCUGACAACUGAUCUUCGGCCCGUUCCAAUUAAUUUAUUCAUUCAAUAAUCAAAGGUUGAAAAGAUGUUCUUGACACGUUCAGAAUAUGACCGUGGGGUGAAUACUUUUUCCCCGGAAGGGCGCUUGUUCCAAGUUGAAUACGCUAUAGAAGCCAUUAAACUUGGUUCGACUGCAAUUGGGAUAUGUACUUCCGAGGGAGUAGUCUUAGCUGUUGAAAAACGUAUCACUUCACCUUUAAUGGUCCCGACCACUGUUGAGAAAAUUGUGGAAGUCGAUAAGCACAUAGGAUGCGCCGUGUCAGGUUUAAUGGCAGACUCGAGAACGAUGAUCGAUAGAGCUAGAGUCGAAUGUCAGAACCACUGGUUUACCUAUAAUGAAAAAAUGACCGUUGAGUCUGCAGCUCAAGCAGUAUCAAACCUAGCGAUUCAGUUUGGAGAUAGCGACGAUGAUGGCAGUGCCAUGUCUAGACCAUUCGGUGUAGCUAUACUUUUUGCUGGCAUUGAUGAAAAAGGUCCGCAAUUGUUCCACAUGGACCCAUCCGGUACUUUUGUGCAGUUUGAUGCAAAAGCUAUCGGGUCUGGCAGUGAAGGAGCUCAACAGUCGCUUCAAGAAGUUUACCAUAAGUCUAUGACAUUGAAAGAGGCAAUAACGGCUGCCUUAACAAUAUUGAAACAAGUCAUGGAGGAAAAAUUGAAUGGUACCAAUAUCGAAGUGAUGACCAUGACACCAGAAGCAUUGUUCCACAUGUUCGGCAAAGAUGAACUACAGGAGGUGAUUAAAGACAUAGCCUAAGUUUUCGAUCGUUAUUUAGGCUCGAACUAAUAUCUCAAAUCAUGAAUGAAAUGGGUGACACGUUGCAUACUUACUCAGUAUUUAUAUUCACGCAAUGGGUCUGUCGUUUUAAGAGUAUACAUUGUUCUUUUUCCUACAUUGUCUAUUCGCAGAGAAAAAUAUUGAAAUAUAUCGCAGAAAAGGAAGAAUCUUUUUAGAA